AUGGUCUGGAUAGUCGGCGACCACGUCCGAAAGCUGUACAUUGAACGCGUCAAGCUUGCCUUCCUGGUCGCCCUGUCCCCCUUCUCCACCAUCCGCACUGAGGGCUGGUUCGUUUUGGCCCUGAGACGGCGCCUCGACGCAGAUGAGGACGAUGCGCAUUUCGCAGAAGUUGACCAGACACCCCGACCGACGACACGACCGAUAACCCAACCCACGUUCGACCCGAACCGUCCUGUCGUGCUCGUCGGUGCCAGCCACAGUCAUUUGCAAAGCCUCGGUUCAAGAACCCACUCGACAGGUUCAGGACUCUCUCCUACUCGCAAAAAGCGCAGCACCAGCCCCGUCAAGAGGACGCAGGACUUACUAGCCAUGUCCAAGCCCAUCAAGAUGCAGUCAGUGUCCAACCGCGAGGAGCAGCUACCAGCCGAAAUGCUCGAGCUAUGUAGCCGCGUCGAAGACAUCACGCUUCUCGAAUCUCCAGUCGUUCCUCCCGAGGCCCGCGCAGCAUUACAACAAGAGAUUGGAAAAAACAGGCGCUUGCCUCCACAUUGGUUCUUGGAAGAGGACACGACAACUGCCUCCGAAGAGAGACGAAUGGCGGCGGCGGCGGCUGUUUAUGCCGAGUUAGCCUCCUUGCAAAAGCUGAAACGAGUGGCCAAGCAAUGCGAGGAAGAAGCUGGCUCGGAGUCGGACUGGACUACAUGUGUAUACAGCAACAUGUUGGAACUAGCCACGGCCGGGUCUAAGGUCCAGCUGGUAGACAUUACAACAGCACGGGUUGCUCCCGAAUGGCAAUCAACUAUAACCUCGACUUUGCCAGGGAGUUCGUCCGCAUCUUCAGCCUCAUCCGCGAGCCGCCGACCGUAUGUUACCGACGAUGGAGGUGCAGCUGUGGUAGUUACAAAAAUGGUGGACUUGGCCCUCGUGCUGGAUGAAGACGAGCAUACGCCUCUGGGGUCCGCCAUCCAAGAUGCCAUCGGGUCGGCGCCGGCCGGCGAAAAAUCCAUCAACCAAAGUACUUAUGGGCGCAUAGCCCUUCGGCCCUUGGGCGUCGCCAUCGAGACAAAUGCGAGAUCUGACGUUGAAGGAGGCCGCGUGCAACUGGCACUCUGGACAGCGGCCUGGUUCGCGCGCAUGCAAGCUUGGGUUGCUAGGAAGCCGACUGAGGGCAUGCCUUUGGGUUUGCCGGUAAUUUUGGUCUGUGGGCACUCUUGGGAGCUAUCAUUUGUUUGCGACCGUGGUGAAAAGUUGGAUUUUAUUCAUGGUUUUCCCAUUGGGGGAACUAAGAAUCUCGUCGGCAUGUAUCGGUUGUUGGCCGUACUGCGCGUUUUGGUGGAGUGGAUGGAUACCAAGUUCAGGUCGUUUUUUAACAAACUAUUGGAUAUAGUUUGA